CUAAAACAUCCAUCAUGCAUCAAAUGCUCAUCGGUCGCUCCCGACCAGUCGUCGGCAACAUCAGCCAGAGACUGCAGUCGGCGGGUACGCUGCUCCCUGUGCCAUGAAUGUUUCAAUCUCAAGAUCAGCAGCUGAAUGCGUCAGACCCUACCCAACGACGACGACAUAUCAUGCGGUCGGAUACCUAUCGCAAGGAUAGCUCAGAACCAGGCCAUAUCCCCGUCAGCUCCUUACGCGUGCACGGCGCCGCCUGGGCCGUGGCUGGCGCCAGCAUGUACGCUACCCUGCAUGGGGUCUACAUGAUGCUCAAGUCCUUCCGGCAGAUUCGCUACAUCUAAUCCUGUCAUUUCCUUGAAGAAUGGAACCUGUACAUGUUUUGAUUUGAGCGAUAUGCAAUGAUAUGAGCUUGCCCA